AUGUCAGAAACUGAACAAAAUUUAGAUGCUGGUGCGGUAGCGCCCUCACCAGACAAUGCAAUGUUGUUCAACAUGUUUUCCGAACUACCAAAAAGUAUGGUAGAAACCACACAAUUUUUAAGUGAACUACGCGCUGAACGCGCAUCAAAGGCAGUCGAUUCAGAAGAAUCGCAAACGCCAGUCCCAGAGGAGGACACUACGCCAGCUUCAGAGGAAGCAAAUACCGCUACGCCAGCUUCAGAAGAAGUACAUAUACGCCAGCUUCAGAGGAAGCUAGUCCAUCUCACCAAAGGGUCGUAA